GGCUGUGCGCGUGGGGGGGUUCGGGUUGCAGUCGCGACCGACCCCGCCGUGCUGCGACGCUGUCGAGGCGCCCUCGGCAUCGCGACGGGUUACUCCAUGGGCGGCGGGAUCGCAUUCAAGCUCGCUUGUCUGAGUCGGAGAUGACUAAGGGACAGAGCUGGCAUGCCGUGCUGUGCGGUGCAAUAUGCAAAACACAGCAGAGUACGCUACACUACAGAGGUACCCACGUAGUACCCAACCGGGCCAACAUGCAGGGUAUCCAGGCCCGCGGCGGGAGAUCAACGAGGGUCUCAAAGCGGUCAUUCCGCGGGCUCCGAAUAUUGGAGGUGAUCUCAGCGUUCCCACCUGGGUGAAACAGUACUCGGCUCGUCCGUCCGAUCGUCGAUUGCAUUGCCGAGCUGCCCGUAAUGUGCUCUCCAACUCUGAUGGAUCGCCAACUUAUCACCGCGUUGUUUUCGUGCUUAUACAGCACCAGGCACCCAGUCUUGCCAGGCAACCAGCACGGCAAAUGCAAGCCGCAUCAUCCCACCAUCCCACACUCACGAGCAGGAUUGCUCCAGUCCGAGCACGGAGCAAGCAUUGCCAACCUCAGCGACAGGGGCUGCAGGGAACAGUUGCCCCUUCGGGUAUCCCUACGGGCGUGCCAUUCGGCGCUAGCAGGCAUCUCCUCCCGCCCGAGACACCGCGCUACGUCACCGGGGUUGCGAGCAGUUUGUCAUCAUCGGCUCCGAGCGGCCUUGCUCUGGGAGAUGUGAAACGGCUCGUGGUGAACAGUGGGUAAGAUAGGGGUCUGAAUGACGCAUGCAGGA